UAGCUUACAGUAAACAGGUGACUGCCAUGCGUAUUUACGUGGCCGGACCUCCCGCUGGGGUGGACUUCCUGGCAGACAGGGCUUCCCUGAUGGAGUCCUCUAUUGUCUCGCUGAUACACAAGGGUGAGAUCCUGGAGAACCCCAGUUUUGAGACUGCCCUGGACAGCUGGCGAUGUUCUGGGUGUACGGGACUCCACUACACCACUGAUCAACAUACAGGAACUGCAGCCAUGUUAGCUCAGGACAGAUCCGCCGUGUGGGCAGGUCCGUACCAGGAGCUGUACUGGGGGUCGUCAAUACGCGGCGGGCAGUGUUAUCAGUUCAACGCUUAUCUCAAGGUGCUCGGCAGUGACACCACAACGCAGUACGACACCAAGGCUUCACUAGCCGUCAACUUUGACGAUGGCAGCUCCGAACACUCCGUCAUUUCAAAGGCGUUCAUCUCCGGCGCGGACGGCUGGAAAAAGAUGGAGGGAGACGUGUGUAUGGACCGCUACACUAAGGCAGUAGACAGAGUGAAGUUCUACAUCUCGGGCCCGCCUGCCGGAGUGACCCUGCUGGUGGAUGACGUGUUUCUGCACGAGGUGUCGGCCACGCCCUACAGCAGCUGGAGAAGCGAGGCUGACGCACGGAUAGAGCAGAUCAGGAAGCGGGACGUCAAGAUAAGGGUCAACACGCCAAAUGUAGACCACCUGGAAGUCCAGGUAGUCCAGACAAAGGCCCACUUUCCCUUCGGGUCAAAGGUGAACAUCGCGAAGGGCGAUGUCAUGGGUUUCCCAGCCAACACCAAGUACACGGACUACUUCCUCGAUAACUUCAACUGGGGCGUCAUCGGCAAUAAGAUGAAGUGGAAAGCGGUGGAGACGAUCGAGGGUGUCCAUGACUGGAGCGAGGCUGAUCCGGCUAUUGACCUGAUGGAAAGUCGAGGUGUUCAGAUCCGCGGUCACUGUUUGGCCUGGGCAGUGGACGAUCACGUGCCCAACUGGCUCAGGUACAACUCUAACGCCGAUGUCGAGCAGAAAUUAUACUCCAGAAUCGACAACGCCGUAAGCCGCUUCAGAGGAAGGGUGGCUCACUGGGACGUUAACAACGAGAUGCUCCACGGGAACUUCUUUGAGCGGAGGACGGGCAGUAAGCAGAUCCGGUACGACAUGUUCCGCAGGGUGAAGCAGAACGACCCGAACGUCGUGCCGUUCCUCAACGACUUCAACAUCAUCAACUCUGGCAUGUCCACACAGGCGUAUGCGGAUCAAAUACAAGAGUUCCUGGACAACGGAGCGCCGGUAGAGGGCGUUGGUGUACAGGGUCACUUCCAAAAACGACCGGACCCUGUCAUGAUGAAGAGCCGUCUGGACAAAGUGGCCACGGCCGGGCUGCCCAUCUGGGUGACGGAGCUGGACGUGAACGAGCCGGACGUGUCCGAGCGGGCGGGCGGGCUGGAGGACGCGCUCAGGGUCGCCUUCAGCCACCCGGCCGUGGAGGGCGUCCUUCUCUGGGGCUUCUGGAACAAGACCCACUGGCGGUCGCACGCCUCGCUUGUGGAUGGAGACAACUUUGAGAUCAACGAAGCAGGCCACCGCUGGCACCAACUAGUCUUCCACGACUGGCGCACCAACCUACACCUCACGGACGGCGCCCUGACACCGGAGGGCAAGGAGUUCGACUUCCGCGCUUUCCAUGGCGACUACGACAUCCAGAUCAAGUCGCACGGUGUUAACAUGGCAACCAAGACUUUCCAGCUGUUGCCUGGCGACGACACUUUGGUUCUUAACAUUAAUGUCUUCAAUGACAUUAUCGUUGGUUAGCGCAUUGUGACGUGGCAUCGCCGUGUGCAUAUGGUGUA